CACCAACUAAGAAAAUUGUGGAUUACUAUUGGUUGGGGGUAAAAAGAUGAGCAAAUUCCAAAUUCCAGAUCUACCCACCCAGGCAAUCAGGCAAGCAAACCAAGCGGGCCUCACCUCACCCACUACCACCAGUCCAACACACUGGUAUCUAUAAAACCCCUCACUCUCCCUCUCUCUCAACUCGUGUCUCGCCCAUUUCUCUCCUCUCUCGCUGUACUCUAUUUGUCUCUACUACUAAUUUAGCAGCAGAAACAUUAACCUACUACAGCUUCUUCCUCCCUACUGAGCAAUGGCAUCACACAUUGUUGGAUAUCCCCGCAUGGGCCCGAAGAGAGAGCUCAAAUUUGCUCUUGAAUCAUUCUGGGAUGGGAAGAGCACUGCUGAGGACUUGCAAAAGGUGGCUGCUGACCUAAGAUCAUCCAUCUGGAAGCAGAUGGCCGGUGCUGGCAUUAAGUAUAUUCCCAGCAACACUUUCGCGUAUUAUGACCAGGUUCUCGAUACAACUGCUAUGCUCGGAGCUGUUCCUAAAAGGUACAACUGGAAUGGUGGUGAGAUCGGGUUUGACACUUACUUUUCUAUGGCUAGGGGUAAUGCCUCUGUUCCUGCUAUGGAAAUGACGAAGUGGUUUGACACCAACUACCAUUACAUAGUUCCUGAAUUAGGACCUGAUGUGGCUUUCUCUUAUGCCUCACACAAAGCAGUGACUGAAUACAAGGAGGCUAAGGCGCUUGGCGUAGAUACUGUCCCAAUUCUUGUUGGCCCCGUGAGCUACUUGUUGCUAUCUAAGGCUGCCAAGGGUGUUGAGAAAAACUUCAACCUUCUUUCCCUUCUAGACAAGAUUCUGCCAAUCUACAAGGAAGUAGUGGCUGAAUUGAAGGCUGCAGGUGCUUCUUGGAUUCAGUUUGACGAGCCCACCCUUGUAAAGGAUCUUGAAGCUCACCAAUUGGAAGCAUUUACUAAGGCCUAUGCCGAGCUAGAAUCAUCUCUAUCUGGCCUUGAUGUCCUCAUCGAGACCUACUUCGCUGAUGUUCCUGCUGAUGCAUUUAAAACUCUAAUUUCUCUAAAGGGUGUUACAGCCUUUGGUUUCGAUUUGGUUCGUGGAGAAAAGACUCUUAAUUUGAUCAAGAGUGAAUUUCCUUCAGGCAAAUACCUUUUUGCUGGUGUUGUUGACGGAAGGAACAUCUGGGCUAAUGACCUGGCAUCGUCUCUCAAAACCCUUGAAUCUCUAGAGGCAGUUGUGGGAAAAGACAAACUUGUUGUUUCAACAUCUUGCUCACUUCUCCAUACUGCUGUGGACCUUGUUAAUGAAACAAAGUUGGACUCAGAGAUCAUAUCAUGGCUUGCAUUUGCUGCCCAAAAGGUUGUUGAAGUUGAUGCCUUGGCCAAAGCACUGUGUGGUAAAAAGGAUGAGGCAAUUUUCUCAGCCAAUGCUUCAGCUCAAGCGUCAAGGAAGUCCUCCCCAAGGGUGACUAAUGAAGCUGUUCAGAAGGCUGCUUCCGCUCUAAAGGGUUCUGAUCACCGCCGUGCUACCAACGUUAGUGCAAGACUUGAUGCACAACAAAAGAAGCUUAAUCUCCCAAUUCUCCCAACUACUACCAUUGGAUCUUUCCCUCAAACUGUUGAACUCAGAAGGGUGCGCCGUGAAUACAAGGCAAAGAAGAUUUCAGAGGAAGAAUAUGUUAAUGCCAUCACAGAGGAAAUUAGCAAGGUUGUCAAAAUACAAGAGGAUCUUGAUAUUGAUGUCUUGGUCCAUGGAGAACCAGAGAGGAAUGAUAUGGUCGAGUACUUUGGAGAGCAGUUGUCUGGUUUUGCUUUCACUGCAAAUGGAUGGGUUCAAUCUUAUGGAUCUCGCUGUGUGAAACCACCAAUCAUCUAUGGUGAUGUUAGCCGUCCCAAGCCAAUGACUGUUUUCUGGUCUUCUAAAGCCCAGAGCAUGACAAAGCGACCAAUGAAGGGAAUGCUCACCGGCCCUGUUACCAUUCUCAACUGGUCCUUUGUCCGCAAUGACCAACCCAGAUCUGAGACUUGCUACCAGAUCGCUUUGUCUAUUAAGGAUGAAGUGGAAGACCUUGAGAAGGCUGGUGUCACUGUCAUCCAGAUUGACGAGGCUGCUUUGAGAGAGGGACUGCCUCUUAGGAAAUCUGAGCAUGCUUUCUACUUGGACUGGGCUGUGCACUCCUUCAGAAUCACCAAUGUCGGGGUUCUAGAUACCACCCAGAUCCACACCCAUAUGUGCUAUUCCAACUUCAACGACAUUAUCCACUCUAUCAUUGACAUGGAUGCUGAUGUUAUUACCAUUGAGAACUCUCGAUCUGAUGAGAAGCUACUCUCUGUCUUCCGUGAGGGAGUCAAGUACGGUGCUGGUAUUGGCCCCGGUGUCUAUGACAUCCACUCUCCUAGAAUACCAUCAACAGAAGAAAUUGCUGACAGAAUUAACAAGAUGCUUGCAGUUCUUGAGACCAACAUACUAUGGGUCAACCCCGACUGUGGACUUAAGACUCGCAAGUAUGCUGAAGUGAAUCCAGCGCUCAAGGCUAUGGUUGAUGCUGCCAAGCUCCUCCGAACCCAGCUUGCCAGUGCCAAGUGAAAGUGAGAUACAGGAUGGAGAGUCACCGUUGUUUCCUAGUCCUGAAAGUGAAAAAAAAAACUCAUUAUUAAUUACAAUAACUGUUGGUGAAAUAUCACAUAGGUGGUUAGCUUGCCUCUGGGCAUUUUGUUUCCUUGUUUUUACACGUUUUGGUUGUGCCUAAUAUAUAUUUGAUAUGUCAUCCAUUCGGGCCUUGCCUUCAAGUUCUGAGUGUUGGUUUACCUCAAUAUAUCAAAUUUAAAGUCC